AAGAAAAAGCAAGUCGCCAAUGCCUAAUCUCUAGGAUUGCCUCACUCCUUGGGAGUCAUUUUUUUUUUUUUUUUGAGAAAACUUUGGAGACAGCUUUUUUUGGGGGGUGGAGGCAGUUUUUUUUUUUUUUUUGAGGGGAAGUGGAGACAGCUAUGAGUACCAGAGUGUCGAGCGGCUUGAGCCCUGCUGCUGCCUGCGUGCUGGUGCUGGUUUCGCCUCUCCUGGCAUUACCUUGGGCUGGACUGUGGUGCCUAUGACUGCUGGAGUUGGGGUUGAUGAUCCGCGGAGUACGCCAUGGGCUCUACCUUGUCGCCUGGAGUAGCUGGGCCUUAAAGGCCUUCUUUUCAUUUUGCCUUUGAUGUUGAAAAUUUCGGAGGCGUUUUUUUUCUUUUCUAAAAGGCCUUUUGAGUUAAAAGUUUUUUAGGCAUCUUCUUAAAAUUGCCCUCCUUGAAUAAUAUUUUGAGGCAUCAUAUAAAAGUUGCCUUUUAUAGUAAGUAAUCGAGGCAAUUUAAAAUGCCUUUAGCAAAUUGUCUUUGAAUAUCCACCGUGACGUAGUGAGCUGGGCCUUCGUGUGCGGCGUUAACACGGAGUCAAGCCACCGACGAACGGCCGGUGCCACGCGCGUACACUCGCAAUUCUGUCCGUAGUGACAAUACUGCCACGGCUAUAUAAAUCCCCGAAGCCUUGUUGCCACCAGGCCAUCAUCUCCAGGUCCAUGCCAAAGGAUCGCAGUCCCGCAGAAGGACAAAGUUGCAACCGCUCUGGUCAUCUCCGUCACGCAAUUCACCAAUGCCGACCAAGGCGCUCGUGUCCAUCCUGUUCCUCCUCCUCCUCCUCGCCAUGGCCCAGCCCGGGUCCUCCUCGCAGGGCUACAACGCGAUCUACAACUUCGGCGACUCCAUCUCCGACACCGGCAACCUCUGCUUGGGCGGCUGCCCGUCAUGGCUGACCACCGGCCAGCCGCCCUACGGCAAGAACUACUUCGGCCGCCCCACCGGCCGCUGCAGCGACGGCCGCGUCUUCGUCGACUUCCUCGCUGAGUACUUCGGUUUGCCGCUGCUGCCGCCGUCCAAGACGAACGGCACCGACUUCAAGAAAGGCGCCAACAUGGCCAUCGUCGGCGCCACGGCCAUGAACAUGGACUUCUUCAAGUCCCGCGGCUUGACCAAAAGCGUCUGGAACAGCGGCUCGCUGGAGGCCCAAAUCAGUUGGUUCCAGCAGCUCAUGCCUUCCAUCUGCGGCAACGCCAACGCAGAUUGCAAGAGCUACCUGAAGAACUCUCUGUUCAUCGUGGGCGAGUUCGGGGGCAACGACUACAACGCCGGGAUCUUCGGCCGGAGGAGCCUCGACGAGGUCAAGACCUACGUGGGGCAGAUCACGGACAAGGUCAGAAGCGGCGUCCAGACGCUGCUGGGGCUGGGCGCGGUGGACGUGGUGGUGCCGGGCGUGCUGCCGAUCGGGUGCUUCCCGGUGUACCUGACGCUCUACGGGGGCUCCAACCAGGGCGACUACGACGGGGACGGGUGCCUGAAGCGCUUCAACGACCUGUCCGGCUACCACAACGAGCUUCUCAGGCAGGGCAUCUCCAGCCUCCAGAGCAAGUACCCCGGCGCCAGGCUCAUGUACGGCGACUUCUACAACCAUGUCACGCAGAUGGUCCGGUCUCCGUCGAUCUUCGGACUGAAAUACGGCCUGAGAGUCUGCUGCGGCGCCGGCGGCCAAGGGUCCUACAACUACAACAACGAGGUGAGGUGUGGAACGCCCGGGGCAUGCGCCUGCGGGGAUCCCGCGGACUACUUGUUCUGGGACGGCAUUCACUUGACCGAGGCUGCCUACCGUUCUGUCGCGAAUGGCUGGCUCAAUGGGCCUUACUGUAUCCCUGCCAUUCUGCAUUGAGCUGCCAGCUGCCAGCUGCUGAUGAUUACAUAGCUUUGGUCAGUAUUAGUAGUAAUAUGUUGGCUGUAAUAAUGCUAAAAGUGAUGUCCAUUAGAUGCCGAAACAUUGAUCUGGACAACAUUUUUGGAGGACUUAAAAGCGGUAAAAGUAGGCUUUUCAGUAAAGUACUUGGGCAUCCGUCUCUACAUGUGAGUCCGUCAGACGGCGACGGCUCAAGCAAAGUGAUUUCCAGCACAUCCUGGACAAGGGCUACAAAGGUGGGAGUAAUGAAGCAUGGCAAGGAAA